AUGACCAAGUGUUUCGAAAUGAUACUGCCUGCCCAGAUCUUGAAGGAAGCCAAGGAGCUGAAUUUCCCUUUGAGGCUAGCUUGCAUGUUGGUCCAACUCUACGCCAUCCCGCGGAGGCUGAGUGCCUUCGGCAGUGUGACUGACCUCAUUACCACGGCAUCUGUUGACGACAUUUCCAUCCAGCUGGUCACUAGCGACAGAGCGGAUGUUCGGUGGUUGAAGCGCGCUGUCAGCGCCUUCACGCAGGAGGCUGCGGAGCUUGGUCCCCUCACACAGCUCAAGAAGUCAGGCAGCAUCGCAGCCACCAGGCGUGGACGGCACUUCUUUAGGAAGCAAGCCGCCGCGCUGAAGUUGCAGCUUCGCCCUUGGAUGAGGAACCUGGGGCAUGACCUUGCGGCGAGCCGAGUGAUAAGGUCGCAGGAGAAGAUUCGUCUCCUUGCGCUGAAGACCAGGAGGAGGAAUUUCCUCGCGCUCAAGGGUGCAGUCGGCCGCAAGGUUUCAAGGCUAGUCAGGGCAGGCGCCAUGCCAGCCGCUGCGCAUGGCGCAGGCGUCGCAGGCGUCUCAGACACGACACUACGAUAUUUCAGGCAGUUCGCAGCCACGUUGGCUGGUGACAAGCCGCAUGGCGGCAUUACGGCAUACAUGAUCAUGCACCCCGACCCGCUCUAUGACCCUGUGUACGACUGCACGCUCCACAUCGCUGUGAGAUAUGCGGUUUGGAUCUGGGACGCACGUUUUUCCCUCGGGAGGCUGCAGAGGGCAUGGGCCAUCCUCCGGUCCAAGAUGCGCACCAACCCGACGUGGCAGAGUGCUAAGGGACCGCUCUCUUGCACGUGGCUCACUCUCCUGCGGAUCAACUGGGACAUGUGCAGCGUCCACACCUUCGUCGCGGACCUCGGCGACGCCAUCAGCCUGCUGCACACGCCGCCAUACGACGUGAAGCUCGCGAUCAUCGAUGGCAUCCACCGGUGGCAGCAUCGGCGGCUCCUGUCUCAUGUUUCUGUUUCCGAUGGCAGUGAGCAGAUUUGGCAUCGUGCGCUGAGGAAUAAAGUUAAAGCGGUCAAGUGCCCCAUGCAGUCCGCAGCUCUGGCAGCCGUUUGGGCCAACGCCAUUCCAUUCCCCGCUGCGAAGGCAGCGCAGGGAUACAUGGCCCUCCUCACUAAUAGACACACCCGCGAGUGCGACCCCACUGCUCACCAGGGGACGGCCACCGCGGAGUGGUUCCUAGUUCGCGGGGCCUCGUUUGUCGUGGUGCGCAGUGAGGCUGUGAGUGUGGCUUGUGAGGCCGCAGCGAAGCUGGCACCCGACUCCGAUGCUCUGGAGUCUUUAGAGGCUGGCCCCUCCCAGCCCGUGGAUGACCCGCUGGGUUCCCUGGAGGCCAGGCGCCGCUUCGAGCUGGAGGUUGACAUCACCAAGGCAGUCUGCAAGCUCGCCCCGAAAAUCCUUCUGGAGUGGCCUAGGCUCGACCUGUCGGAGGUGGAGGAUGCUCGCGAGAGGCGCCAGGCUGCUCUGGCCCAACGUCUGCUCGCCGCGGCCCAGGGCACGAGUGAGGCAAGCGCUGGUCCACCAGCCAAGUCUCGUGGCGUGUCAGGCGCCUACGGCAGGCUCGGCUGGCAGGGCACGGCGCAGGUGAGCGACGCGGAGGCCUUGGCCAGCCGGCGGCACGUGCCGCCGCAAGUGCGGCUCCUCUGCCUGCCGCGGUGCCUGCUGCGCCCCACUGCCGACCCGCCGAGUGGUGCCGAGCGCAGGGGCCUGGCCCUCUGCGGCGGCGGGGACUUCAGCGCGGCUGCGGACGCCACCGCUGCUGGUGAACAGCUUCCCCGCAAGCUCCGCGCUGCUCCUGCGGCGGCGCUGCGCCCACGGCGUGGCUGGGCCCCUGGCCAGGGCCGCUGCGAGAGGACCCCCGCGCUCGGCGGUGGAGCCGCCGCCGAUGUCGCCACCGCGGCGGCGCUGGUGAGGCGGAUCUUCGGCAAGGAGGAUUGGGACGAGGCGGAGGGCGACGAUGAGGUGGGCGCACCCGUGGAGCAGCGCGGGCCGGGGUGGGAACGCGCGGGCGUGCUGGCCUACGCGCCCGUCGGCGGCCUCGCCAGGGCCGCGCGACCCAGCACCACGGGCUCCCGGGACGGCGCGCCCUCGCCGCCGGCCGACUCACCGCGGCCCGCCGGCAGCAAGGACUCGGCUGGCGGCGAGCGCGAGGCGGCCGCGGCUGUGCGCGCGAAGGCCAGCGUCUGCGUCGUGUGCCGCAGCGAGCCGCUGGUCUUCCGGGAAUGCCCGGACUGCGGCGCGCGCUACUGCGCCACAGCGGGGGCCACCGGGUGCCUGCACGCCUGGUACGAGCACUCGAAGAAGAGCCGGGAGCCCCCCGUGGAGCCGGUCGAGGCGCUGGUCACCGGCCAGGUGGAAGACCAGCUCGACCACAUCCGCGCGCGCGUGCCCGGCCAGGGCGACGCGGACGUGCCGCUGAGUCUCUGGAGGAUGGCCGGCGGGCACAUGGUGGCGAGCGUCGACGAGGGCUCGAGGGGUGGCCAGCUGCGGUUCGCCAUCCGCUCCGUGGACGGGUGGGCCCUGGGCACCCCUGGGCCUGGCCCGCAGUGGAGACCCACGAGCGGAACCAAGCUGGUGUUGGAGGAGGUGGGUUCCUGCAGAGGCUGCUCCAAGUCGCUGGCGAUCCCCGAGUACAUCUGCAACAGCGCCUCGCGCGGCGCCGGCACGCAGCGCACCGUCACCGGCGUGGCGAGGCCCCCCAGGCCCUUGACCGCCGAGGCGGAGACGCAGGUGGCCACGAAGUUCGCCGAGGCAGAGAUGCAGACAGAAGUUCAGCUCGCAUCGGGGAUGAACGAGCGGCCCGUGCCCAAGGAGGUCCAGGCCACCCCGUCGGCGGCCGCCGCCUCGCGAAAGGCACAGGCCAACCUGGCGGGGCUGGCUUUGGCGCCCCUCGCCGAGGCCGUGGCAGCGCUGGGCGUCCCGCAGGAGAUGGCCCUGACCGCGGCGCCGGGUUACGCCCUCGAGGGCAUCCGCGAGGCGCUCUGCGCCGUGGCUGUCCUAGCGGCGCCUGGCCUGGGAGGCCUUGCCCCAGCGAGUGCUGGGCCAGCGGCUGCAGAUGCCCUCCGGCGGCUGCAGGGCGCCGAGCAGCCGUGUGUGCAGGAGGAUCCCUCGCGGGUGCUGGGACAUCGGGUGCCUUCCGGGGUGGCGACCCGCGGCCUCCUCGCGGCAGGCGCGGCGGCCGCUUUGGCCAAGGCGGGCCUGGCCGAGCGAGGCGGUCCCGCUGCCCCGCACGCGCCCGCGCUGGCCGGCGACGCGGAGCGGCGGGAGCGGCGCGCGCUGCUGGGCACCGCGCUGGCUGGCGUGGCGGGGAUGCUGUGCGCCAGCGGUCCCGACGGAGGCGGCGAGGAGGCCAUGGAGGCCCUGGCACUGAUCGCCUCGCAGCUGCCGUGCCCCCCGACGUGGCGACAGUUGGCCUCGUCGGAGCAGUGGCCCCACGCCGCAGCCGGCGAGCCAGCGCCGAGGGGGUGGCACCAGCUGCGCGACGCGUUGGCCGCGCUGGCCUGCCUUGCGGAGGGGCCGCCCGCUGGGAGCUCGCUGGCGAUGGACGCGCCAGAGGCCAAGGAGCAGCUGCUCGCGACCGUCAGAGCCUUAGCGUCGCUGGCCCUCUUCGUCGAUAGCGUGGUGGUGGGCGAUCCAGCUGCAGUGGGGCAGGCGGCAGAGCAAGCAGAUCCAGGGGCCGUGUUUUCCCCAGGGCAGCAGGUAGCGGUGCAGGCCCCAGCGAAAGGGUUGGCCGUCGGUGCCAAGAUCCAGGUCGUGGAGGCCCCGCAAGACGGGCUUGCGGUGGGCAGCAAGGUCACUGUCGUGAGCCCCUCUGGGAAGUCGCGGGAUUGCACCGUGGUAGAGGUAGAUACGGACAGGGUGAAGGUUCAUUACGAUGGCUUCGACAGUUCUAAGGAUGAGUGGUUGCCGAAGGACUCCAGCCGUAUCGUGCCCAGCGAGCAGCCAGCCAAAUUGCCCGUGCAGCGGGAGUGCACUGUCGUGGAGAUACAUUCUGAGAGGGUGAAAAUACAUUACGACGGCCUCGACAACAACAAGGAUGAGUGGUUGCCGCUGGACUCCGAUCGUAUUGUGCGCAGCCGACAGGAGCCCGAAUCUGGGCUACAAGGUUCGCAGCCCGUUGUGGAGGCCCCGAAAGAAAGCCUCGCGGUGGGCAGCAAGGUCACGGUCGUGAGCCCAUCUGGGAAGUCGCGGGACUGCACCGUGGUAGAAGUAGACGCGGACAGGGUGAAGGUUCAUUACGAUGGAUUUGACAGUGCCAAGGACGAGUGGUUGCCGAAGGACUCCAGCCGUAUCGUGCCCAGCGAGCAGCCAGCCCAGUUUCCCCACUCCCAGCCGUUGGGCACACAGCAGUUCGGCCAGCAGCCAUUCGGUCACCAGCCGAUUGGCCUUCAGCAGCCGUUCGGCCAGCAACCACUUGGCCAGCAGCCAUUGGGCACACAGCCGUUUGGACAGCAGCCACUUGGUUCGCAGCAGCCCUUCGGCCAGCAGCCCUUUGGCCAGCAGCCACUCGGCCAACAGCCCUUCGGCCAGCAGCCCUUCGGCCAGCAGCCCUUCGGCCAGCAGCCACUCGGCCAGCAGCCGUUCGGCCAGCAGCCUUUCGGCCAGCAGCCCUUCGGCCAGCAGCCGCUCGGCCAACAGCCCUUCGGCCAGCAGCCCUUCGGCCAGCAGCCUCUCGGCCAGCAGCCGCUCGGCCAGCAGCAGCAGCCGUUCGGCCAGCAACCGCUCGGCCAGCAGCCACUCGGCCAGCAGCCCUUCGGCCAGCAGCCCUUCGGCCAGCAGCAGCCUUUCGGCCAGCAGCAGCCGCUCGGCCAGCAGCCGUCGCCGACCGAACAGCCGCCGCCGGCGGGACAGCCGCCGCCCUCGCCAGACGCAGCGCCGCCAGCACCGCCGCAGGCAGCCGUGCCGUCACCGCUGCCACAGGCCGCCGCCCCGGCGCCCCUGGCGGCGCCCGCGGCCAAGGAGUCGUCGGGCGAGGCGCCGUCCCCGCCGGGCGGGGACCAAGGGCCUGACCUCUUCAAGGUCGAUCUCGAGCUGCCGGGUCGGAAGGGCCCGCGGAAGAGGAAUACGUGA